UAAGGAAGCCUUCUCCCCUAUUUGACAAAGAUGGCGAUGGCACCAUCACGACAAAAGAACUUGGAACUGUCAUGAGGUCAUUGGGUCAAAAUCCAACAGAAGCAGAAUUACAGGAUAUGAUCAAUGAGGUGGAUGCUGAUGGUAAUGGCACUAUCGACUUUCCUGAAUUUUUGACCAUGAUGGCUAGAAAAAUGAAAGAUACAGACAGUGAAGAAGAAAUCCGUGAGGCAUUCCGAGUCUUUGACAAGGAUGGCAAUGGCUACAUCAGUGCGGCAGAACUACGUCAUGUAAUGACAAACUUAGGAGAAAAACUAACAGAUGAAGAAGUAGAAGAAAUGAUCAGAGAAGCAGAUAUUGAUGGAGACGGACAAGUCAACUAUGAAGAAUCGUACAGAUGAUGACUGCAAAAUGAAGACCUCCUCUCACCUUUUUUCCCCCUCUAGAUGAAUCAAAUUGAAUCUUUUACUUACCUCUUGCAAAAAAAAAAAGUUCAUUUAUUCAUUCUGUUUCUGUAUAGCAAAACUGAAUGUCAAAAGUACCUUCUGUCCACAAAAAAAAAAAUCUGCAUGUAUUGGUUGGUGGUCCUGUCCCCAAAAGAUCCAAUUAACACAUGAGUUUUACAAUAUAAGUACUUGUACUACUACCUUAAAUGAUAAGGAAGCACUUAGUGGACUCUCCUUCAAGUUCCAUUUGCUAAUGAUUAUGACACUGUUUGGGCUGGCCAGUUUUUCAUGCAUGCAGCUUGACAAUUGAGCACAGUCAGACAUUUGUAUUAAAAAAAGAAAAAAAAAAGAAAAACAAAAAAACAAAAUUAAAAAAUGUUACCCACGUGGGUUAUCUAGUUCAAUUUGUUAGUAUAAAUUGUCCUAGCUGGUUACUUUAAAAAAAAAAAGUCAAUACAAUAAAGUAAAAUUGGUUUACCUCAGGAUGGUAUGCAGCAAAAUGGUUGAAGGAUGCAGAAUUUCAAGAUGUAGCCCUAACGGUGGUUCUUCUGUACUUAAGUGUGCUCCAAACCCUAAUGGUGAUCUCAAACUCUGGAUGGCAUGUCUGUGUUUCUAUUGGUUUAGCAUUGUCUGCACUGCACUAUAGUGAAACGGAUGUCAGGCUGUUACCGUUCACACAAAAUUUUUGAAAAGAAACCUUCACCAAGGGAGCAUCUUUGGACUCUCUAUUUUUAAAACCUUCUGUACCAUGACUUGGAGCCGGCAGAGUAGGCUGUGGACUUCAGCACAACUAUCAACAUCGCUGUUCAAGAUAUUACAGUUUAUGUCCAUUCCAAGUUGUAAAUGCUAGUCUUUUUUUUUCCAAUAAAAGACCAUUAACUUAAAGUGGUGUUUAAAUGCUUUGUAAAGCUGAAAUUUAAAUGGGGACAGGGCAGCUGAAGGCUGGGGGGUUGGGGGAGGAGGGGAAGUAUUGUGCUGGCAGACCAGUAUGUUUUCAGAUACCCGGACCUCUGGGUUUUUUCCCCCUCCACCUUCCCCAGUAGUAAGAACUAAUCUCUGAGUCCUAAGAUAUUUACUAGAGACAAACAUACUGACAGGCUUUUUUUUUUUAGACAAUAAAAACUUAAGUCUAGUUGGCCAUUUUCCUGAUAGCAGUGAAUCAGUUCAGGCAGAGUGGCCUGAAGAAGAAACAUCUAUCCUCUAAAGCAUGUACCUGGGAUUCCUUUAAAACAUGCUGCUAAUAACCUGCUUUAUGUAACUUACUGACACCAUCUAUGGGAAAGGCAUGAUUCACGAUUCAGUAUGGCAGUGUAACUCAAUCCUUGCUGUGUGUGAUAGAAGCAGUAGGCCACUUUUCUAAAUGAAUCUCUUUAUGCUUAAAAGACUUAUCUUUCACCAUGCAACUCACAGCUAAUUUAUACAUGCUGUUCACGUAGCAUCUUGUUUGGGUUUCUUCUCUUUCAUCCCCUCCCCCAAAAUCUCCCCCCUCUAUGUGUUCUACGUUUCUAAUUUAUUCCAAAUAGAACUGUGCCCUCUGUGUGUAUGCUAGUUCACAGCUUGUAAGUAGAACUCCAGCCUGGAGUGAAUUUUGUGUCUAAUUAUAAACCCUGUAACCAAAACUAUUAGAAAGUGCUGACACCAACCUUUGUGAUGGCAUCAGCUCAUACGAAAAAAAAAGUCACUUUAAACCCAUGUUGCAUUAAAGGUGGCCACGCUUUGUAGGAGGCUAGAUUUUUCUAUGUGUUAAAUAGUUCUAUCCAAUUAGUAAGUUUGUAGUUUUUAGUUCCUGUGUGAAAUUUCUUCAGUUAUAUUGUCUGGGCAUGGUGGGUACUGCUAGGGAAAUCUGAGAAUGAGUCUGCUACCUUCGCAGCUAACUAACGUAUGAAGGGGCUGAUUCCUGAAGAAGCAUUUUGCGGCUUUUGCUAAUGUUUCUGCCAGAGGACGGUUAGGAACAGUGUGGUGUGGCAAAACUCCAAUCGGUUUCUUUGCUUUUGCUUUUUUUUUUUUUUUUUUUUUUUUUUGUGGCUAAAAGUGACCAACCUGAGGGUGGAAAGAACUUAAGUGGUUAUUUCGUACGUUACUGAAGUCCGUGGAGCAUUAAGUAUCACUGCUUGUUUCUCCAUACAUGGGGAAAAAAUCCGUGUUUGGGCAGGGUGAUUGUGAAUAAUGGCUUAGACAUUAGAUCCUUUCUGGUGCUGGGGAUUUCCCCACACUGGAAUUGCUACUGGAAUGGCUCUAGCUAGGAAUUUUGAUAACUUGAUAGCCUAUGAUGUUUUUUGUCUGUGUGUGUAUGUGUAUCGAGGGGGGAGGAGGGAGGCAUAGAAUAGCCUGGUUCCUGGCCUGGUCUCUGGUUUUAAACCUGUGACAAGAUGACUUAAAAAUGCCUCGGUCAGUGACUUUCUAGUUUUAGGAGAGGUGAUGUCAAAAAAAAAAAAGCGAAUCACAAGCCUUUUCCAACUCACCCUUCCUAAAGCUGAUGGGGCUUUUUGAUUCAAGUGCUAUUAUCUAGGAGACUUGAUUUUUAGCUUUUGGGUCCUUUUGAGAAGUUAGCAUCCUGUUCCAAACCCAGGCACCUUCCCCAAAGAAUGUCUACCAACAAUAAAUGUGCAGAAGUGAAGAAAAAAGCUGGUGAGAAGUAGGCAAAUAUGAGGUAGCCUUUUCCCCUCAUGGUGUUUGGGUAGAGACAAAGGAACCCAUUUUUUUUUUUUUUUUUGAUGAGGAUCAAGUGUUUGGUGUAAACAGAAACUGGAUAUAGUGAAUGUUUUUGAGUGAGUAAGUUGUGAGCUAGUGACAUUGCUCAUGGAUUUGUGUUAGCACUUCCCAACUGCUCUUGCCCGUAACCCUUCCUGCUUUAUAAAUAUAUGCAUAUAUUUAUAUAUAAAGUCACUAGUCUUAACUGGCAUCCUGCUUUAGCCUAAGACACGCCAUAAAACCACUCAGUACUUGGCAAACACUUUCUCAUGGUUUUGUUCUCCAUCUGUUUGGGGGUAAGUGUUGAGAGAGAGGCAAACGUAUCUUGGUAUUUCAGAUGGGUUUUUGAUGCACUAUUGCCAAGGAAGGCUUUUUCUGAUUUUUUUUUUUCGACAAAAAAUUUUUGCACACACUUUAAUUGGUGAAAAUUAGCUACUGUACAUAUUUUUAUAUUCUCUUUAUAAAAUGCAUGUUUGAUUGUAUUUGUAACAAUAUUGUAAUGGCUGUCCAGCAGGUCUAGAGCUGAUGUAUUUUGUGUCAAAGCAGUAGCAAAUGAUUCCCGCAACAUACUGGGAAUUUAUUCCUAAUCAAAGAAUGUAAAUCUGGUCAAGCCUGUCUUUCUUUUACUCAAUCAAUUUGACUUUAUUGUGCAACCCCCAAACUGCUUGCUCAUCCUUUGACAGCGAGGUUCCACUAAUUUGUCUUAAUUCAUCCAUUCAGCUAGCAAUUUUUAUCCCCUUGAAAUUGACUUUAGGGGAGAGUACAUGCUCUCUCCCAUGUGUAUCUGCAGUGGAAAGUAGUGAAAUGUGUGGAGUGGUGUCUUCCCCUCCCCAAAUUCAGUAUUAUAUCCAUUAAACACUUCUGUAGCAAAGCUCAUAGUGGUUCUUUUGUUACCAAAGUUGCCCUUCAUAAUGGCUUUUUGGAAAAGAUGUAAUUGAAAGUUUCUGUAACAGAUCAAAAUGUGUGGAGGUUUAACCACCUCUUUGAUGGGGGACCAACUUAUGGAAAUACUGUAAAUAAGUUUAUUUAUAAACCUGACACUGUAUUCAAUAAACAUUUCUGCAGCCUUUCAUCUCUAA